UAUAUCUAUUUUUAAUUGAUUUUAAUGUGGGGUUUUAUUGCUUAUUGUUUAAUUUAAAUGCUGUUGCAUAAUGCAUUUAUUCACCUUAUGUAAAGCACUUUGAAUUGCCUUUGUGUUUGACAAAGCUUAGCCUUGCCAUGGUCAGCUGUGCACCAGCAUCCCUUGGAGCCAGUGAGGAUUCAGGAUGUCUUGCUCAAGGACACAUCAGCAAUAGCAGCAGAAGCAGGGUGGAUGCUGACAGACAUGGGGUUUACUUCUCAUCUUUCCAUCCUCCAUCCACCCUAACCUGCUGUGUUGGGGAAACCCCUGAUGAGUGGGACCUGUAUCCAUGAGCCCCGUGCCCCUUCCCCCUCCCUGUCAGGCUUCAGUACCCCCAUCUCAGAACCCCCCUAUCGAAGACUCGAUGGAGACACCCCUGCCUGCACCCCCGAAACGGACCUGACCCCCACACAGUGUGUCCUCCGAAACGUGCUGUCCAUUGACACCGGUGGACAGGGGGCACCGGGUGGCAGCAGCCCCACUCCCAGUGAUGGACCCCACUUUGACAACAGCGUACUAAAACUACACGAACAUGAGGCCUGCCAGUGUGGCGGCGGGGCUGAGGCGGGGCACAGUCCAGAGGCUGGCGCUGUUCGGAGCCAGUCGGAGAACAUUCGGCUACAAUCAGGAAGUGGAGGUUUUUUGGAGGGACUGUUUGGCUGUCUAAAACCAGUCUGGACCAUGAUUGGAAAAGCCUACUCCACUGAACACAAACAUAGCCAUGAAGGUCUGCGUUUAGAGUCCUGGGAGGUUCCCUUUGAGGAAAUCUCGGACCUGCAGUGGGUGGGCAGCGGGGCACAGGGGGCCGUCUUCCUCGGAAAGUUCCACGGAGAAGACGUGGCUGUAAAGAAAGUGCGGGACAUCAAAGAGACUGAGAUCAAACACCUACGCAAACUCAAGCACCCCAACAUCAUCACUUUCAAGGGUGUGUGCACACAGGCUCCUUGUUACUGUAUCUUGAUGGAAUACUGUGCCCAAGGCCAACUGUAUGAGGUGUUGAGGGCCGGCCGUAAAAUCACCCCCUCCCUCCUGGUUGACUGGUCCAUGGGCAUUGCAGGCGGCAUGAACUACCUACACCUCCACAAAAUCAUCCACCGAGACCUCAAGUCCCCCAAUAUGCUGAUCACACACGACGACCUGGUAAAGAUCUCAGACUUCGGCACCUCAAAGGAGCUCAGUGACAAGAGCACCAAAAUGUCAUUUGCUGGCACCGUAGCCUGGAUGGCCCCUGAAGUCAUUCGGAAUGAGCCAGUGUCAGAAAAGGUGGACAUCUGGUCCUUUGGAGUGGUGCUAUGGGAGAUGCUAACUGGGGAGAUCCCUUAUAAAGAUGUGGACUCAUCUGCCAUCAUCUGGGGUGUGGGUAACAACAGCCUUCAGCUACCCAUACCUGAGAGCUGCCCUGACGGCUUCAAGAUCCUCCUCAGACAGUGCUGGAACUGUAAGCCCAGGAAUAGACCUUCUUUCCGUCAGAUCCUUCUCCAUCUGGAUAUAGCGUCAGCUGAUGUGCUGUCCACUCCGCAAGAGACGUACUUCAAGUCUCAGGCUGAAUGGCGAGAAGAGGUGAAACAGCACUUUGAGAAGAUUAAAUCUGAGGGUACUUGUCUCCACCGACUCGAUGAGGAACUGAUCAACCGACGCAGAGAGGAGCUCAGGCAUGCUUUGGACAUCCGUGAGCACUAUGAGAGGAAACUGGAGAGGGCUAAUAACCUUUAUAUGGAGCUCAGUGCUGUCAUGCUGCAGCUGGAACUCAAAGAGAAAGAGUUGCAGAGGAGAGAGCAAUCUUUAGAUAAGAAGUAUCCCGGCUUGUUUAAGCACCACAGCUCCAGACAGAGCAGCUCCUCUAACUCCAUGGACAAACUCAUCAAGAAGAGAAAUGUCCCACAGAAACUGCCUUCAGGAAAGAGGCCAGACAUCCUAAAGUCUGAGGUAAUCAUUCCCAAAAUGGAUUCCUCCGUGAUGCAAGUCACUAUCCCAGCCUGCCCCAACAGAAGCUCCACCUCUCCCAGUCGGUCUCGGAGGGUAAAGACCCGCCAUCGCAAGCCCGGUAAGGGCAGCAGUGGGGACCUGGCUGGACUUAAGGCAAAUCAGUCAUCACCUAAUAGGGACACAACUGUCCAGGCUAACAGUUCAACCACUAACACCUCCAAGCAGCUGCUGGAGCCUUCUGCAGCCCUGCGGGGCCUCAGCCACGAGCAGCAGCAGAGGCAGCUGUCCUCCUCCAGCCCUGACCUCAUCUGCACCACGCUGGAGGCAGAAGGCCAGGGAAAAGGGGAUCCUUCCGUGGGCGGGCUGGAGAGAGGGGGGAGCCUCAGUGCCUCUGCAGGUUUAGGGGGAUCAGAAGUGGGGGCAGCCGGUCUGGAUGAUCUCACAGAAACUCCUCCCCGCAGUGACACUCCCAGUGAGGAUGCUGCAUCAUUCCCAUUCUCCAGCAGCCCAGACUCACCGUGUGGGAGGGGGGCGGCAGCAGGGCGGGGAUCUCUGGGAUCCCCACGCCUGCCCCAUGACGGGGAGGACAAAGAGGAGGGAGCCGGUGCUGUGAGGAUGCCACGGGGGGCAUCGGGGGGAAUCGGAAGUCAGCACCUCACACCUUCAGCCAUUCUGUACAGGGCAGCUAUCACACGCAAACAGAGGCGUGGAGUGUCAUCAGAAGAGGAGGAGGGUGAAGUUGACAGUGAGGUUGAGUUACCACGGAGACGACGUCCGACCAGCAUCACCAAGUGCCAGUCGGUGUCUACCUUCAGCUCAGAGAACCUGUCGGUAUCAGACGGCGAGGAGGGCCACACUACUGACCACUCCCACAGCGGCACCCCCGACGUGGUCAGCACCAACACAGACGACAGGUUGGACGACCGCAGCGAUGACCUCCUCUCUCAGGGAUCCGAAAUCCCGGCGGACAACACGGAUCCUGUGCAGGCUUCCGACGGCCUGUCGGAAAGAGACAGCGCCACGGGCCAGGCCAAAGCUCAGCUGGACGCCGGGCAGAAUCCUAAUGAGAGUCGGGCACUGUGCGAUGACUCUGACUGCGACAGUGCUGAGCUGGAUCAGUCAGGUAGCGGAGAGCUCAGCCGUCCUCCCAGCGCUGGAGCGUGGCUGCCGCCGUCUCAACCGUUACCCUAUCAGGGGUCUCCGCAGGCGCCUCAUACAGGACCUCCGUAGACCACGGGACACUCCAGCUACCCUACAGUGAACAACCAUCACAGGCGUACACCAAUCUGUCAGUGCAGUACAUUACUGUUGUCAUGAGGGAUCACACCUACUACACCACUCAGACUAUGACAAGUUGACUUAUGGUGUCUCAUAAGUUUGUUGGCUGGCAAACCUACAUCAGAUGACAUAGGACAUUUGUCAUAACCUGACAUCAUAUUUUUUGGCAGCUUGUGACAUCAGAUAAAUGUCAUGUAAGUUCAGUAGGGUUUUCUAGGCAAAAUAGUUACCAAGGUAACCGUAGCCACCGCUCCAGUUUAGCAAAAACCCUUCCACAGACACACACGCACAAGACACCACACUCUUAGUCCUUUAAACACUCUAACCCUCACUCUGGGAGCAUCCUGAUACUCCAUACACUAAUGCAUUAAAUACUAAUGAAUAAUAAUGUAAAUAUCCAUUACAUACCACAUGAGAAAUAUCUAACUUUAUUUUAUUUGUAAGAUAAAAAUGUAAGACUAAACGGUAUGCAGCCCUGUGAACAAAUGCAUGACUACAUGUUUAUAAUUUAUGGUUCGAAUGUGUCCGUUUUAUAUUUUGUGAAAGUUUACACUUUUUUAAUCCUGAAAGUAUUACUUCAGUUAUUUUGUUUAUGUUAAUAAAUGUCAGCACUGAAAAAAAAGGGGGGGAAAAAAGUCAUAAUGGAAUGAAAAUCUCACCAAGACAUCAAUCAUGAUGCGUAAUUAGGGUUCUCAGUAGGUAAUAUAUAUUAUUUUUUUUAACCCUCCUAACUACUGAGUUUCAAAUACACGGAAGACAUGCGUGAGGUUUUUAUUAAGGUUAUCGAAUUUGUGAUAGAAUGGGAGACCUUUGAGUUCACUCAAAAAGCACUUCUACUAUUGUACAGUAGAUACUGCUCUACCGGUUUCUGAAAUUGUCGUCUUUUAUUAUUAGGAUGCACAGCAAUGACCUCUUCUGACACGCACUAGUAUUUCUAACCAAGCUAACAUCUUAUGCUUCAACUCUCUCAGCAACAACACUGGUGCAGGUGCUUCAGUGAUGAACACACACAGGUGAAGGUGCUUUUGUACAGAACCACAAGGACUCCUAUAGUUCACGAUGUUGGUAGGCUUCUUAAAAACCUCCACUGUUCCUUUUACCCUUUAAGAUUACUGCGGAAGUAGCCAGAUAAGGAAUAGAGCACUUCUCUGUGGUGGUUACUAGUCGAAAAAAAAAAAAAAGUAAGUAUCCUUUGGGUUUGAAUAGAAAUGUUUUGUUUUUAUACAGCAUUGCACAUUGUACCUGUAACAUAGGAAUUAUAUCAAAAAGCAAAAUAUUAUGAGCAACAAUAAAUAAUGUAUUGGUUAAAAAAAAAAAAAAAAGUGUGAUGUUUGCUUAAAAAGACGGGUCGUGUUAUAGCUACAGUUUGUGCUGUUGCUACAUCACAUAAAAACAGCUAAAAGAUAAAUAAAUGACUAUUUUCAACGACUCUAAGCAUGCCCAAACUGUUCUAGUGUCAUUUACUGACUUACAGUUUUGCCCUUUCACACCUGUAUGCCAUUAAAAUAAGAUUCCCCCCA